AUGAUCGCCUUUGAGGGGGCACUGGACAUCUCCCCUGAUCAUUGCGCGGCUUACAAUCUGGCAGUAAUGGCCUAUGCUCUGGGCGAACCUGAAAACAUGAAAAAUGCAUUUCUGACCCUCAUCCAGGUGCACAAGGCUGUGGAAUUGGACAGCAGCGCACACCUCCAGGAACACGAGGAAAUUCUUGAGGGGGAUGAUCCUUUCACCCAAGCUGGCGAGCAGGUGCUGCAUGCGGCGCGGCUGAUUGCCCCGGCAGUGAUCGCCGUCGCAGACCCGGACAUCGCCAAAUCAGGCGGCGCCACAUCAGCGGACGGCUGGCGCUGGUGCGCCGCGGCGCUGGCGGCCGCCGGGCUGCGGCGGCUGGCCGGCCAGUUGCGCAUGGCGGUGGUGGCCGUGCGCAUGCAUGCACUCGAAUUUGAAUCCGCUGAGUGGGCGCUGCAGGAGUUUGAGGCCGAGGAUAUGGGUGGUGAGGUCAGAGCGGCUGUGAACCUGUCCAGCUUGCGGCUUCUUCAAGACCAGCCACAAGAGGCGGAGGCUUCUGCUGAGAGGGCCCUGACUGCAGACUCCAGAGAUACCUUGGCCCUCACCUGCCUGGGAAAUGCAAGAACAGCAGCGGGCGAUCUGGAAGGGGCCAAGAGACUCUAUGUUGACGCUCUGACACUAGAUAACAGCUCAUACUGUGCCCAAUACAACUACGGGCUAGUAAGCAAGCGUUUGGGCUAUUUGGAGGAUGCGCUGUCUGUCUUCAGGCAGCUGCAUGAUGUCACACCUGGCAGCGCUGAUGUCAUGUGCCAGGUGGCGGACGUCCUGGACCAGAAACAGGACUACACUGAGGCCAUCCUCAGGCUGGAGCGCCUCCACGCAUUAGUACCAGGCGAUGCAGGCAUCCUCGCAAAGUUGGCCGGUGUGCAUGCCAAGCUCGGCGCGGUGCAAGAGGCUGCCAGAUGUCUGGAGGAGGCGCAUGCAGCAGCUCCCACAAACUUGGCCAUCCUCGGCUCUCUUCUGGACCUUCUGAUGGAGCACAAGGCAUUUGAGAGGGCUCUGCCUGUUUUGGAGACUGCCAGCUGGCUGCAGCCGCAGGAAGUGAGGUGGCAGCUGACGCAUGCAUGGUGCCUGCGCCAGACUAGGCCUGCCCCUGUGGCGCUUGCAGCGUACCAGAGGGUGCAUGCUGCGCACCCGCACAACCCUGAGCGAUUAGGCCAGUCUCCCGGGGGUUUAGUGAACAACCAGGUCCGAAUUCAAAUUCUUGGAGCCGCCCAGCAACCGCAGCCGGCGAGCUCUCGACAGCUGGCGGCCGGCCGCAACCACAUUCAAAUUCGAAUGCCUCCACGUCCUUUGAAGCCAGAUCUGGCUCUGCAGGCGGCACCCGUCCAGUCAGCGCUGCAAGAUCUGGUGUCCGCCCCGGCCCCUUAG